CGGACACUCUGGAAUGAUCCAAGGUGAUGUGCACCAACGACGCCGUCCUAAUUAAAUGUCAAGCACCUGGAUACUCUUGAGACGCCCUGUCGCGUCGAGAAGUAUCCCACGACUUCGCAUGGUGUUCAAGUCUAUGUCCACCCAUCCGGGCCCCAGUCAGAUGGAUCAUCUUCUUUACACUGCUACCGUUGAUGCGGAACCACUUCAUCGCUACCGACAAGGUGGCUACCACCCAGUCGCUUUGGGAGAUUGCUUGAAAGCCGGAAGGUAUAAGGUGCUGCAUAAAUUAGGGUGGGGAGGGUACUCGACUGUCUGGGCAGCGAGAGACCAAAGAGAAGAGGUUUAUGUUGCCGUCAAGAUUUCUGUUGCAGAAAGGGAACAUGAGGGGGAAACGCGAGAGCUCCAAACGAUGAAGGAGCUGGCAUCGCAUCUCCCUCCUCCCAAGCAUACGGUGCAUCUGCUCGAUGACUUCGAUCUAAGAGGCCCAAAUGGAUCUCACGAAUGCCUAGUCUAUGAGCUUCUCGGGCCGAAUAUCCCGGACACAAUUGAUGCACACUUUCCGGCCGGAAGACUGCCUGGGCAGCUCGCCAAAGCUAUUGCCAAGCAAGCUCUUAUCGGGCUCGAUAGUCUGCAUCAACAAAGGAUCGGGCAUGGAGAUCUACAUACUCGCAAUCUGGCCUUCACUAUGCCGUCCAUGGACAGCUUGACCGAAGAACAGUUUACUGAGAUGCUAGGAAACCCGGAGAUUGGCCAUGUCCGAAGGACCGACGGAAAAGACCUAGAGCCUGGCAUACCCGAAUACAUCGUCAGGCCCACCUCGUACCAGACACGUUCUUGGAAACCGACGCAGUCGAUCAAGAUCAUCGACUUUGGAGAAUCGUUCUUACGCACUGUAGUCCCGCAAACUUUACACACCCCUCUACCUGUCCGGGCGCCCGAAAUCAUAUUCCAUGACCGCAUUGACUAUCAGGUGGACUUGUGGAGCAUGGGCUGUAUGCUUUUUGAGCUUUUCGUCGGACAGCCCCCUUUUGACACCUUUUUUCUGACCCCCAGGAUCCUCGUUGGCCAAAUGCUAGAGAUAGCAACUGACGACAUGCCUAAGAGAUGGCAAGGUAUCUGGGAUACGAUGAAUGCGGAGGGUAGCGAGCUCACCGAAAGUACCGGUCCCAACUUGCAGGGGUGGCUGGAAGAAGUGUACUUUGAUUGCGCGCUGAGGCCCGACUUGACCAGGGAGGACAUAGCGAGGCUGGGACAAAUCAUCGGAAGGUUAUUACGGUUUGAGCCGUCCGCAAGAGCGUCCGCGAGAGAGGUCCUAGAUGACCCUUGGUUCAACGAGUGAGAUAACCCACGGUGGGGAGGUACUCAUAGAGUUAGUUGACGGGCCUAGUACUAUAUUCGCCCUACUACUCUUCAUACAAAAUCCAUCACCACUCCUGGUCCGUUACCAUAGCAACCUGUCCCAUCUGAUGUAAUAUCACAACCCUAAACUAUCAGAUUCCUGGACAAGCGUGAGACAGAAGAUCAAUGCCUUCUCUGGAUAUCCUAGACAUGAUGCC